GAACACAAUAACUAACAUUAUACUGACUGACUGCGUGUCGGAUUUCGGGAAUCACACCAAACACACCCCCCCACCCCUCCUUCACACCAUAUAUCACUCACUCACACUAUAUAUCUAUCUCUAUCUCUAUAUAUUUUUUCAUUCACAUAAACACCAGCAUUUUAAUUCUAAUUUAUUACAAAAAAAAAUGGGGAAUUGCGGCACUCGCGAAGAAUCCGCUGUUGCUACCAAUGCUCAUAAUCAUAAUCAUCAAGGUAAUCAGUUAAAAGCGAACUCUGGUAAAAGUCAGGGUUUGGAGAAGAAAUAUAGUCGGUCAAAUUCAAAUAUGAGUGAUCCGUACACACCUCGUAACAACGUGAACAUUAUCGAAGAUUUGAGAAAUAAUUCUCUGUUGUAUACUCAUGUUAUUGCGUUCACGUUGUUUGAGCUUGAAACCAUUACUAAAAGCUUUAGGUCUGAUUACAUUUUGGGGCAGGGUGGUUUUGGAACUGUUUAUAAAGGUUAUAUAGAUGAGAAUGUGAGAGUUGGUCUUAAAUCUCUGCCGGUUGCUGUUAAGGUUCUGAAUAAGGAAGGUCUUCAAGGCCACAGAGAAUGGCUUACAGAAGUUAAUUUCCUUGGUCAGCUCAGACAUCCAAAUUUGGUGAAGUUAAUAGGAUAUUGUUGUGAGGAUGAUCACAGGUUGCUUGUCUAUGAGUUCAUGUUUCGGGGAAGCCUUGAGAAUCACUUGUUUCGUAAAGCAUCUGUACCAUUACCAUGGUCAACAAGAAUGAUGAUUGCUUAUGGAGCAGCAAAAGGUCUUGCCUUCCUACACAAUGCUGAGCGACCUGUAAUUUAUAGGGACUUCAAAACUUCAAACAUAUUAUUGGAUUCGGAUUAUACAGCUAAGCUAUCUGAUUUUGGGCUUGCAAAAGCUGGUCCUCAAGGAGAUCAGACUCAUGUAUCUACUAGGGUUAUGGGUACCUAUGGUUAUGCUGCUCCUGAAUAUGUUAUGACUGGACAUCUUACUGUAAGGAGUGAUGUUUACAGCUUCGGGGUCGUUCUUUUGGAGUUGUUGACAGGAAGGAAGUCAGUGGAUAAGACGAGACCCAGCAAAGAACAGAGUUUGGUGGACUGGGCUCGGCCCAAACUGAAGGACAAGAACAAAAUGCUGCUAAUUAUGGACCCGAGACUAGAAGAUCAAUACUCACUUAGGGCAGCUCAGAAAGCUUGCAGUUUGGCUUAUUAUUGCUUAAGCAGUAAUGCAAAAGCAAGACCAUUAAUGACUGAUGUCGUUGAGACUUUAGAGCCUCUACAAAACAGCAGUAGCUCAGUUCCAUUAUCGCCCCUGAUCCGUGGCGGCAGUGGUGGUCACUCAGAUUUCCAGGCAGGUCAUAGGUUUGUUCGAACUGUAGGAAGUGGUGGUGGAUGUCGAUCAAGAAACCCAAGCCGGUCUCCUGGAAUUCCCGCAGCCUGUAGGGUUAGAUGAGGAAUAUGAAGCACAAGUUAGUUUUGCUUUGUUGAAUGAUUUAGGGGAAGGAGGUGAGUUUACUUGCUGCAUACAUACAUUUUAGUUGCAAGUUUGUAGAUAUUCUGAUCAUCUUGUGCAGGUUUUUGGUUUGUCAACCUGUGUACUUUUUUUAAAGUUUUAGACCAGGUGGCUUACUAGCAGUUUUUUUUUUUUAUAUAUAUUUUUAUUUUAACUUCAUUAGUGGAAAAUUAGUUGAUCACAGUGUGAUAAUGGUGGGUAUAUUUGAACCUUUAAUUCAAUUUGAUUGAGAUUUAAUUCUGGCCUGGAAAUGUUAUAAUGUUG